AUGGUUUUGAGCAUAUCUAAGGUUAGUACUGAUAAGAGUAAUGAACAUUAUCAGUAUAAUUCUAGCACACCAAAAGAUGCUUCUAAAAUUAUAGAAAAUAUAACUGAAGAUGAUGAAGAAUCAAAGGAGAAUGAAAUUUUCAUCGACAAGCAAGUUGAAAAAAGGGUCUUGAGGAAAUUAGAUUUGUUUGUUGUUACAUGGCUUGCUUUGUUUUACUUUUUUUGUCAAUUAGAUCGAAGUAAUUUAGGGUUCGCUAAUACAGCAGGUUUCUCAAAUGAUAUUAGAUUGAAAAAUAACGAAUUUGGAGAUGCUAAUUCAUAUCUUUACAUCACUUACUUAACAUUUGAACCUGUCAAUACUUUAAUUUUGAAAAAAAUCACUCCAAAAAUCCUAAUGAUAACUUGUGCUUUUGCCUGGGGGAUCACUACAUUAUGUCAAGGUUUCAUUCAAAAUGCUGGAGGUCUUUAUGCUUGUCGUUUAGUUAUGGGGUUUUUUGAAAGUGGUAUAUUACCGGUGAUUUAUCUAUUAUCAAGUACAAUCUAUACCAAAACUGAAAAGAGUAAAAGACAGUCAUUUGUUUACUUCAUUGCUGCAUUGGCAAGUGCUUUUGGUGGGCUGUUAGCAUAUGGACUAUUAAGAGUUACUGGUCCAAAACAUCUUGAAGAAGGCUGGAGAAUUUUAUUCUUUGCUGAAGGUUUAAUGACUAUUGGAGUUUUACCAUUGGCAAUAUUCAUAUUCCCAAAACAUUUCAAUAAAGCUUGGUUUUUCACUGAAGAAGAAAAACAGUGUUAUGAGCAACGACUAGUAUAUUAUCCAGAACUUCAUGAAUCUGACAAGUUUGAGUGGAAAGUGGUGAUAAAUAUGUUUAAGGACUUCAAGUUUUAUACACAUGCGAUUUGGCAAUUUUGUUGUGCUCUAAGUUUCUACUCAAGUAGUACAUUCUUACCAAAAAUUGUCUCGAGUAUGGGAUACACAGGUAUUAAUUCAAACUUGAUGGUGGUUCCAAUUUAUAUAUAUGGUGCGAUAUACUACAUGGUUAUCGCUACACUUUCAGAUCAUUUCAAAAUAAGAUCACUAUUCAUGGGAUUAUCAACAGUAGCAAUGGCAAUUGGUUAUGCUAUUUUACUAGGUGCUAAGAAGAAUGGUGUCAGAUAUUUCGGUUGUUUCUUUAUGAUUAUGGGGAUUUAUCCAACAACAGGUCUAAAUAUGAUGUGGAUUGGUGAUAACUUACUGACACAUUAUCAAAAGGCGUCAUAUGUUGGAUUUUCAAUGGCCAUAGCUAAUAGUUCUGGUUUGGUUUAUGGUCAAGUCUUUAGAGCACAAGAUGCACCACGAUAUGAUUAUGGGAUCAAAGUUGGUUUGAUACUCACAUGUGUCGCCAUUGCUGAUAUCAUAGUUUUGGUGUUUCAUUUAAGGUAUCUCAACCGUAAGAAGGUUAAAGCUUUGAAUGAAGCUCGUGAGCAAGGACAUCCAUUAAAAAGACAACCUGAGUUGGGUGAUAAAGACCCAUAUUAUUUGUAUACAUUUUAA